AUGAGCAAUUCCUUGAAUGUGGGACUACCUGUGAGCCAAAGUGCGGUGAUCAGGGGGAUGUGGUUUGCAGCAAGGAGUGCGUACCAGACGUGUGUCAAUGCAAAGAUGGCUUCAAGCGCAAUUCAAACGGAAAAUGCCAAAGACCAGGACAUGAUUGCAAAUAAAUACGCAAGCCAAAUGUGUAGGUAUAGGACCUACAUGAAUCUUAUGAUCAUUAUGGCAACUUACGAUUUUCAGUCAGACAAUAACAUUGUAUAUUGA